AUGUCAGAUUUUAGAGAGACUAUCAGAUCAAAAUCUUACCUAAACGCUAAGGCCAGUUUCAAUAGAAACUUGGACAAGCUUCAUAAAGAGUCUGAUUCACGAGUAACUGCACUUGAAAGAAGCAUUGGGGACUCUACACAAAAUAUACAGGUUUUCAGAAAUCAAAUUGAAGAACUUCAGCUUCAUGGGUUGGAAUUGUCUCAACAGAUAGUUGAUUCUGAAAAAGAAAUCCAGCUUCUAUCAGAUAGAUACUGGUCUCUGAAAAACCGGAAAAGCAAAUUAUCUCUAGAACGUGAAGCCCUUUUUACGCAAGUUCAAAAUCUCGAAGAGAAAAUAACUGAAAAUGAAUCUUCGAUCGCCGACAUGAGAAGAGAGAUAAAACAAGAGGAAGAAAACUUCAAAGCGAAAAUGGACAAGCUUUCCGAAAACUACGAGAAGCCAGAAGUCGCAAAAGAACCACGCUGCGGGAUAUGGAAAGAUGUCAUUUUUGGAUAA